AUGAAGCUCUAUUUAAUUUUGACACUUUUUUUUAUUACUGCUAUUUCCAUAAACGCUGCCCCAGAUACAAGCUCUGACGAACCUCUUGAGAACUGUAUAGAAAUCACGUAUCCCGUAAAUGAAUCCACUUUGGAGGUUGGAACCAGCUAUACUGUUACCUGGAACGUCAUUGGUGAAUGUACUUUUCCAAAAUCAUUGGUUCUUGGAUACGACUACUCUGACGACCCAGAAUACUUUGCUGAAGUAGAAUACACCCUUGCAGAGAACAUUGAUAUUGCUGCUGGAUCAGUGGAUAUCUUUAUCUCUGAAAAUGUCCCUAGAAAUCGCCACAUUAUUGCCGUUCAGAGUACUACCCCAGAAUUUGAUGACAUUGAUAGUUACAAUGUCGUUUACUUUGUAUAA